GUUACGGAAACCCGGUAGGACGGACUGCGUUUGAAAAUCCCGACACCCGCCCGCACGACUGCCGGAGGAGCCGCUGCUUUUGGGACGUGUUUGUCCUUUUAAACGCGAGUUGUUUGGAGUCGGUGGAGGAGAGACGCCGCAUCUCUGUGCGACGACGACGUUUCGCUUUUCUGCGGCGGUUCAUCAGUGCGAGGAUUGGCUCCGUCUUCGUUCGAACAAUUUUUGGUUAUUGUUCACCCGCGAGUGCUUGCUGGUUUGCCCGAUCGCCUCAACUGGCAACGCCAUCCUACGCCUUAGGCCAGGAUGACGAUUGAAGCGGAAGGAGCAGUACACCCAGAGACUGCGGCCGAGUCUCCGGCCGAGGCAUCUGUCACGGGUCAGAAGGGCAAAAGCCUGGACGAACUCGUGGUCGGGCUCAGCUCGGCCGAUGAGCUCAAACCCAUCGAUGGUGUGCCCAUCACCGAGACGAAGGCUGGCGAUGCAGACUCUGCCGCCCUACAGAAGCAGCAGGGUAAGGAAGAACUGGAAGCUGUGGAAGAGGAGGAUGUGGUCAAGGUUGAAUCACUGCCAGACUUGCCAAAGACGCCCACAACCCGCUUCUGGGCCAGGUGGUUCAAGAAGGGUAGCUUCACACCCAACUUUGGCAAGCAGCGCACAGAGGAUACAGAGAUGUGUGAGAAAGAGACACAGGACGAAAAUCAGGGCAAGAAAGAUGAGAACCACACAGGCGACGAGAAUCACAAAGACAGCAAGGAUUCCCCACCAAACGGCGAUGGCAUAGGCGAACAAGGCAAGAAUGAAGGCGAGGGACAAAACGUGAAAUCAUCCUCCAGUUCAACAGACGUCACCAUCCCCAUCGGGGACGCCGACACAGCCACCAAGUCAGACGAGAAACAGGCCGACGAGAGUGUGCCCGAAAAGCUGCCGCUGCGCGAGCGAUUUGCUUUGUACCGACGAAAGCGCUACCUCCUUGUCGGAGCAGCCAUUGGGGUCCUAUUCCUCGUUACCGUAAUCCUGGUGGUGACGGCCCUCUCUGGCGGGGGCUUUGGCUACGACGACGACGACUGGAGCAUUCCCGUCGCCGCCACGGACUGCGGUCUAGUCGAGGGCCACAUAGAAGAGGGUGCGUUCGUUUUCCGUGGCAUUCCGUACGCUCUUCCGCCCGUCGGCGAGCACCGCUGGAAACCUCCGAGGGCCUUCCAGAGCAUCAGCGAGUGCUGGUCUGGAACGAAGCAGGUGCACAAGUUUGCACCCCGAUGCCCCCAGAAGAAGGCGCCCGGAGUGCGUUUCAACACGAGCGAGGACUGCCUCUACCUGAACGUCUACACGCCGUCCAUGUCCAAGCGGGCCCUGCGGCCAGUCCUGGUCGUGCUGCCCGGCGGAUCGUUUAUGGGGAUGGGAGAAGAGGACAUCUUUCUGGAGCCGAGUCCCGGACUUGCGCGCACCCACGAUGCCGUGGUGGUAACGUUCGAGUACCGGCGCAACGCAUUUGGCUUCUUGACGUUGGAACUCCUCUCAAAGGGGGUGAGGCCUCCAACAUCCGGGAACUACGGCUUCCUGGACCAAGUGGCCGUACUCAAGUGGGUGCAGCGCAACAUCCGGCAGUUCAACGGGGAUCCCAGCAAGGUCGUUGUGUUUGGCCAUGGUGCGGGAGCCACAUCAGCCCUGCUUCUGGCAACAUCGACAGAAACCAAGGGCCUCCUCAGUAGGGUCUGGGCCACAGGCGCAUCUGUGAACUUCCCCAACCAGACAGUUGAGGAAGCUGCACGCAACAACCUCGAGUUUUUGGCGAACAUCAACUGCACCAGCCUCGCCUGCCUUCACCAGAAGACAGCCGACGAGGUGAUAGCAGCUGUGCCGAUGUCGUGGUACGAUGACGUUUCUGCACAGUUGCCACGCAAGCAUGAAAUGACAGCACCAAGUCUGGUUGUCGUUGAUGGUGUUUUCAUCAAGGACUUUGUCUAUGAGCUGUGGGCAGCUGAGAACUUCACACGAGUGCCUGUUGUAAUAGGUUCCAACCUGCAGGAGUUUGCCUCUCGACGGGUGCUUCCCGAGGCCGACCAAGUGGACAGCGCAGAGCUCAGCUCUUACGUCAGGGACCGGCUGGGAACUAUUGACCCCAAGCUGGCGGAUAAGGUGCUGCAGAUGUACGUGCACAACGACACAAUGCCAGCAGAGCAGCUACACACAAUGAUCUCCGAUGUUCGCGUGACCUGUCCACUGGAGCUGCUGACUGGUGACUUCAUCAAUGCCACUGAAGGGGCAAGGCCCGCACACUUCUACAUCGUCGACUACUCGCCAAACAUUUCGCUCUCCUUCUCCACGAAUGCUGAGCCAACCAGGCUCGCGCAGCACGGGCUGGACGUGGCAGCCAUCUUUGGCAAGAUGUCGUCUGCCGCAGGCUCGUCGGAGAUGCAUCGCAACGACCUGCAGUUCGAGCACAACCUGCAGAAGCUGUUCCACAGCUUUGUGCAUGCUGGCACGCCAUCUCUCGGCUCACAACCCCUCAAGGAGAGCCCAUUCGUCAACUACAUCAGCGCCAACGUGCGCAGUCGGGCAUCCCAGCAUGAGCCAUGUGCCAGUUGGGAGGAGUACGGCGUGUUCCCAGAAUAUGCCAAGAAGAACUGAUCUUGCAACCUGUGUGUCUCCAUCAUAACUUCUUUCACCCAUCAUUUGUGAUGAUGCUCGACAAAAACUUAAAAAGGCUGGUCUCUUCACUGGCGUUACAAAUAAUGUUGGUAAAUCCAGUUGGUGAAGAACCGGAGGAGAAAAAAAAUGCUUGCCAUUAUCAGAAUGCAAGCUAGUUCCUGUAAGUUAAUGUAAUGAUUUCCAACUGCUAAUGGCUGCUAAGUAAUUGCUUAGGCAGCUUGUUAUGCUGUCUGGAGGAGGUGUUAUUAUGCCAUCAUGGCAAUUUAGGACACCGCUGAUUGCAUAAAGUCAGUGCCCAUCAUUGGCUAGUGCAUGCGACUCAUCAUCGAACAAGUAUAUUACGGAAAUUCUUACAUCCAUCUGGUGCUGUAAGGAUGCCACACGGAAAAUUACUGCAAAUGUCCCCAGGACCCUCGCAUAUGCAUGUGUGCGCAGCUUCGUGGUUGUGUUUGCUUCUGCUACAGGGAGGGAGUUUAGGGUCUCAAGAUGUGCUGCUACUGGUCACCUACCAGUCGAACACAUGGCUUUCUUCAAGGGUGCCCUGCCUGAGCAAGGAACCCCGACAGCAUGCGAAAUUUUUUCAAUAUCUCACGCGCACAACCAGCCUCAAGAAAGUGGUUCUGGUGGCUGCUUCCAUUGUCAGUUUCUUGUGUGGCAUUCCUACAGCACACAAGCGAAAGACGUUUGAAUGAAGAAAUAUGGUGGGGGGGGGGGUUAGAGUGAGCAGGAGAAGAUGGCAUUUCCAGGUGACCCCAUAAUGGUGACCACAGUGUUGGUCAGGUGGGUUCGAUUCCCAUUGCCACCUGGCACUCGGCGUUUUGAAUACUCCUAUCUCCAGAAGGUGGCCUCUUCUUUCACUCCCUUCCCCAAGCGAUAAUGCACCGUGCUCCUUUAUGGGUUGCAAAAAUAACACCUUUCCUAACCACUAUCGCAUAAUGGUGUGGUGGCACCCUUGAAGAGAAGACGUUAAAGUCAUCUUGAGUAGCAAGAAUAAUAUUGGACUGGCUUUCACCUUAACAAAGGCUGGUGUACUAUGAGCAUCGUCUCUACUAUGGCAAAGCACCAGACCACUACUGGGCUUGUACCUAUAGCCCGGCAUAGGACGCUGUUGUGAGGACUAAGCAUCAGGUGCCACCACACCAUGUAUCCGUCUCUAACUAAACUGGUAGGGUUGGAUGAAAGGGUUUUGAAUCGGCUGCACGCCACAGCCUUGCCUGCACAUUAUCAGCAAUACUAAAUUGUGAGGUCUCUGCAUGAUCAUUCAUCGUCCUUGUUCUGUUCUUUGUGCAAGGCAACUACUCAGUCUUGACUCGUGAACUAAGUACUGUGCACUUGCUCUUUUGUGUAUCCUUCUGUUAAUGAACGUCGUUUAUUUCGAGUGAGGACUGCAAGCAUUGCAGAGAGAAAGCAAGCAUCCAGCAGUUUCGUACUGGGUGGAUGCCUGCAAGGUGUCAGUCAUAGAUACCGUGCAUCCUGGAGCGCACGGCGUCGCAAGCCAGCCACACUGCCAAAGGUUCGCGCAUAGAAGCGAAUAGCCACUGUGCAUGUCCAUUUGAUUCUUCAAACUUGUAGCCACACGUUUUGUGCAGUAUUUUUAGUUUGUCCGUUUGUUCAGUAUGUCGCCACUAUACUUUACUCUUUUGUUCUGCAUGUGCCAACUUGUCACGCAAGCCGAGUGGCAAAGUUUUUUUAAACGGAUCUCGCAAGUGGUGGACAAGACGUGCAGCUGUAGCAUGCACUCACUGCCCUUCAUCAUUCAUUGCUCAUCAGAGAGUGUGGGACAUGUAUAAAGCUUUUUUUUUCUUUUGUUCCUUGCAUCAACACUUGUCUCAUCUCUCAUGUUUAUCUCGACUUUUUUUUUUAAGUGUGUUACGUGUGCAUCUGCGCAGCAUCUCAUCUUUCUGUAUAAGCAAAAUAAAGACCAAAAAUAAAGUCUGUAUCACAGA